AUGGCCGGGGACGUCGUCUACGCCGACCUGGAGCUCGCCGGACGCCGCUCUGCUCCCGCGCAGCGGCAGCGCGCUCCGGCCCCGUGCCCGCGCCGGCACCGGCUCCUGCUGCGUCUCGCCUGCUUGGGGCAUUUCAUCCUGCUGGUGCUGGUGGCGGCGCUCAGCGUCCAGGACCUCAUCCCGGCCGGGGGCCGCUUCGGGUUCACCCGGGCGCGGGGCGCGGGGCGGGGGCCGGUCUUCGGGGAGGUGCUGGGGUGGGAGUUUUGGGGGGGGGGGGGAGACGCCCCCCAAGCGAGCCGAGGAGGUUCUCGCCUCGUCCUCCAGCCCGCCGAGCCGGCGCUGCGUGGUCGCCCCGCCGUAAUUCUCCUCCGAGGUGCUGGUGGGGGUGCUGGUGGUGCUGGUGGUGAUGGUGCUGGUGGUGGUAGUGCUGGUGGUGGUGGUGGUGGUGCUGGUGGUGGUGGUGGUGGUGGUGACGGCACUGGUGGUACUGGUGGUGGUGGUGCUGGUGGUGCUGGUGGUGGUGCUAGUGGUGGUGGUGAUGGUGCUGGCAGUAGUGGUGCUGCUGGUGGUGGUGGUGGUGGUGCUGGUGGUGGUGGCGGCACUGGUGGUACUGGUGCUGGUGGUGGGGGUGGUGGUGGUGCUGGUGCUGGUGGGGGUGCUGGUGGUGGUGCUGGUGGUGGUGCUGCUGGUGGUAGGGGUGCUGCUGGUGCUGGUGGUGGUGCUGGUGCUGGUGGUGGAAAAGCCUUUGCAGCACGAAGAGCUGCUGGGGGGGGGAAGGUGCUGGUGCUGGUGGUGCUGGUGGUGGUGGUGGCGGCACUGGUGGUGCUGGUGGUGGUGGUGCUGCUGGUGGUAGGGGUGCUGCUGGUGGUAGGGGUGCUGGUGGUGGUGCUGGUGCUGGUGGUGCUGCUGGUGGUGCUGGUGGUGGUGGUGGUGGCGGCACUGGUGGUGCUGGUGGUGGUGGUGCUGCUGGUGGUAGGGGUGCUGCUGGUGGUAGGGGUGCUGGUGGUGGUGCUGGUGCUGGUGGUGCUGCUGGUGGUGCUGGUGGUGGUGGUGCUGGUGGUGGUUCUGGUGGUGGUGGUGCUGGUGGUGCUGGCGGUGGUGGUGCUGGUGGGGGUGGUGGUGCUGGUGGUGGGGGUGGUGGUGGUGGUGCUGCUGGUGGUGGUGCUGGUGGUGGUUCUGGUGGUGGUGGUGCUGGUGGUGGUGGUGCUGGUGGUGGUGGUGGUGGUGGUGGUGGUGCUGGUGGUACUGGUGCUGCUGGUGGUGGUGCUGGUGGUGGUUCUGGUGGUGCUGGUGCUGGUGGUGGUGGUGCUGGUGGUGGUGGGGGUGCUGGUGGUGGUGGUGCUGGCGGUGGUGGUGCUGGUGGUGGUGGUGCUGGUGGGGGUGCUGGUGGUGGUGCUGGUGGUGGUGGUGCUGGUGGUGGUGGUGGUGCUGGCAGUGGUGGUGCUGGUGGUGCUGGUGGUGGUGGUGCUGGUGGUGGUGGUGGUGCUGGCAGUGGUGGUGCUGGUGGUGCUGGUGGGGGUGCUGGUGGUGGUGGUGGUGGUGGUGGUGCUGGUGGUGGUGGUGGUGGUGGUGGUGCUGGUGGUGGUGGUGGUGCUGGUGGUGGUGGUGCUGGUGGUGGUUCUGGUGGUGGGGGUGCUGGUGGUGGUGGUGCUGGUGGUGGUUCUGGUGGUGGGGGUGCUGGUGGUGGUGGUGCUGGUGGUGCUGGUGGAAAAGCCUUUGCAGCACGAAGAGUUGCUGGGGGGGGGGGAAGGUCCCAUUUACGGCCCCCACCCCCCACCCCACGGCCCCCCACGGCCCCCCACGGCCCCCCCCGAGCCCCGCCCGCCCUUCGCCGCCGCCCCCGCAGGCUGCUCCGGCUGCCAGCUCUGCCCGGCGGCCUGGCUGCGGCACCGCUGCGCCUGCUACUGGGUUUCCCAGCGUUUCGGCACCUGGCUGGAGGGCAAAGAGCACUGCGAAGGAGAAGGCUCCCAGCUCCUGGUGCUGCGGGACAGGACCGAACUGGAGGGCGUCCAGGAGAUCGUGAGAAGCAGCAAACCCGUGUGGAUCGGCUUAAGGUCGUCGGGGAGGAGGUGGAAGUGGGUGGACGACUCGGCCCUCAACACGGACGAGUUGCAUUUCCCGGAGGCGUCGGAGAACGGCUGCGGGACUGCGAAACACGGGAUGCUGGAGAACGAGAUCUGCGACGGCGAACACGAGUGGGUUUGCCAGAAAAAACCUUUCCAGCUCACCGCGGGGACGCUGGAAAACCAGGAGAAAUGCAACGCCACCGUCUGACACGCGCCUCUCCCCAAGGGCUCCGCCGGGAAUUUCGGGGUUGGAAAAAAAAAAAAAAUUGCGUUUUUUU